CGACCCCUGCACGUUUGUAAACAAAGCGAAGCCACCUGUCAAAAGCACCGGGCGCCAUACGCCGUUCCAGGAAAGGCAGACGAACAAUUCAAAACCGCGCACAUCGUGGUGGCCAUUUCGCAAACCUCUAUCGCCGUGUAAGUAAGUGCCCUCGCUGCUGUGCUAAUGCUGCGUAAAAAGCUUAAACUAGACGAGCCAUCACCAGCCGCCGGACAACCGUGUGUGCCCAUCGGUGAAUUCUCACUUUCCCAGUUUGCAAAUGUACCGAAGGCAAGACUGGGCGCACCCAAUGUUCCCGCUGAAAAUGGUGCCAAAAUACAAGUGAACCAAACGAAACCGGAACCAACGACCGGUACAGUAGCCGUACCAGCUAUGAGUAGCGUUGGCCCGCUUCCAUACUGGCAACAGGUCUACCAGAUCGAACGAGAACUUUCCGCAGCACUGCGGCAAGUUGCCCUGCCGUGGGAUGUGGCCGCCUGCUACGAUCCGAUCGAGUACGCGGCCGAGAUUCACUGCGCCUAUUUGCAGCGGUUUCUCGACGGUCCGAAGCCGGUACUGUUCAUCGGCAUGAAUCCAGGGCCGUGGGGCAUGUGCCAAACUGGGGUACCAUUCGGUUGCGUUCCGGCCGUGCGCGACUGGAUGGGAUUGCGUGGAACGGUGUCGAAACCAUCGCCCGAGCUAGCUGCCAGACCGGUGGAAGGAUUGGCGUGUACGCGCGAGGAACAGAGUGGAAAACGCUGGUGGGGAUUGUUCGAAGAGCUGUGCGGCACGUCGGACCGCUUCUUCCGGUCCUGUUUCGUGUACAAUCUGUGCCCGUUGGCGUUUUUCCACCAGAGCGGACGAAACAUAACGCCCAGUGAGCUGAAGGGAAAAGCCAAGGGAGAAAUUCAAUCCAUCUCGGAAGCAUUCCUAGCAAAGGCGCUAGCGUUGCUAAAACCGACCGUUGUGGUAUCGGUGGGACGGUACACGGAGGACCGCAUGAAAACGCUCACCAAACAGAACCGCCUAGAUCCGGCAAUUGUAACGCACUGUAUGCCGCACCCGAGCCCUCGCAGCCUGAACAACACAAACUGGCCGGAGAAGGCCAAAAGCUGGCUCACCGUGCACGGUAUUAUGCCCUAUCUAAGCGCACCGGGUCAAGAAGCGCCCAGCAGCGACUAAAAGUUGCAAUUAUUGUUACCUCUC